UAACGUCAGUCCGCCGUUUCUGCUUCCAGAACCUCCGAUUUCAUUUUGCUUUUUGCAACUCUCUUCCAUCUUCACCUUCAAUGGCAAGUAACGAUCCAGAGCACAAAGAGGAGGAAACUGCCGCUGUCGAAGACGAAGACACCGGAGCACAGGUCGCUCCGAUCGUCAAGCUCGAAGAAGUUGCGGUUACUACCGGGGAAGAAAAUGAAGACGCUAUACUCGAUCUUAAAGCGAAGUUAUAUCGAUUCGACAAAGAUGGAAACCAGUGGAAAGAGCGAGGCGCGGGUUCCGUUAAGUUCUUGAAGCACAAACAAACCGGAAAAGUUCGUCUUGUUAUGCGACAAUCGAAAACCUUAAAGAUCUGCGCCAAUCAUCUUGUUAUACCUACUAUGUCUGUUCAAGAACACGCUGGCAAUGAUAAGUCAUGUGUGUGGCAUGCUACUGAUUUUUCUGAUGGAGAGCUUAAGGAUGAGCUUUUCUGCAUUAGAUUUGGUUCAAUUGACAAUUGCAAGAAGUUUAUGGAAACAUUUCAAGAGGUAGCGGAGUCUCAAGAAGGGAAGGAAGAGAAUAAAGAGGCUUCGGGUGCAGCUGGACUGCUUGAGAAGUUGAGUGUGGAAGAUAAAGAGGGGAAAGAGGAACCAAAGGAGUCAACUGAUGAACCCAAGGCUAAGGUGGAGGAGAAGGUGGUGGCUGAAAAAACAGGAGAGGAGGAGGAAAAAAAGGCUGAAUGAAUAGUUGUUUGUAAGAAAAUUGGCAAUUUGGAAGCAGAUGGUUGGAGGAAUGGAACAGCAUCUCUUGGUAAGUUUUAAAGUGUCUAAGAUGUGCUAUUAUGCAAUGUGGAGUCGGAGUCAGUGUCGUCGGUCUGUCAGGUUUGGGUUUUGGAUUUUGCGUGAAGGUUGGUGUUGUUCUGGUCGGGUAUAGAUAUAGGGGGAUUUUACAGAUGCUGGUGUUGGGAGUUGGUUGUCAAAUGCAUAUGCAUACGUCUGUUACGUGUUCUUUUUACAAUGGAGUCGUAUUGGAUUUUUUAUUUUCAUUUCAUAUUCAAUGCUUUGAGGGUU